AUGUCUGACGGAAAAUCCCCCGAGAACAGCAUUGUGCCAAAGAGCAUUUUGCCAAAGAGACCCAUGCAUCAUCGCCGCAACUUCACUGGCUUGACCACGAAGGAGCUCGAUGCUGAAAAGGCCAAGUGGCCCAAGGAGACCGUCGAUCUCUGGGCUAAGCUCAGCAAGAAGGAGGCCAAUGACAUCGAAGCGAUCCAGAAGAGCAUCGUCCACCAUGUCACCACGACCCUGGCCCGUGCUGCUUACAACAUGGAUAACUUUUCCGCCUACCAAGCCGUUGCUCUCAGUACCCGAGACCGCCUUAUCAGCCGCUGGAACGAGACCCAGGGACAAUUAUCCAAGGUUGAUCCCAAGCGUGUCUACUACCUCUCGCUCGAGUUCUUGCUCGGUCGCUCCAUGGACAAUGCCCUCCUCAACAUGGGCCUCAAGGACACCUAUGACAAGAGUAUCAAGAAGCUUGGCUUCAACAUGGAGGACGUGAUCGGGUCCGAGGUCGAUGCUGCCCUUGGUAACGGAGGUCUUGGUCGUCUCGCUGCCUGUUACAUGGACUCCCUCGCCACCCUCGACUACCCCGCCUGGGGAUACGGUCUCCGUUACAACUAUGGUAUCUUCCAACAGAGAAUUGUCGAUGGUUAUCAGACAGAGUUUCCUGACUACUGGCUGAACUUUGAUAACCCCUGGGAGUUGCCUCGUCUUGAUAUCUCAAUCCAGAUCGGAUUCGGGGGUCAUGUCCAGACCAUCCAGGACGAGUACGGAGUUACGCGCCACAGCUGGGUCCCUAACCAGAGUGUUCAGGCCAUUGCCUACGAUGUCCCCAUCCCCGGAUACGACACCGAGAACUGCAACAACAUCCGUCUCUGGCGCAGUAAGCCCACUCGUGUCUUUGAUCUCACCAGCUUCAACGAGGGCAACUAUGAAAAGUCGGUCGAGGACGCGACGAACGCCGAGAAGAUCACCAGUGUCUUGUACCCCAACGACAAUACCAUGGCCGGCAAGGAGCUCCGUCUCAAGCAGCAGUACUUCUGGACCGCGGCCUCUCUCCACGACAUUGUUCGUCGAUUCAAGAAGUCGAUGCGCGAGUGGUCGGACUUCCCCAACCAGGUCGCCAUUCAACUCAACGAUACUCACCCUACGUUGGCUAUUGUCGAGCUCCAGCGUCUGUUGGUCGAUGAGGAAAUGUUGAGCUGGGAUGACGCCUGGGAGAUUGUAACCAAGACCUUCGCCUUCACCAAUCACACCGUCCUUCCCGAGGCUAUGGAGAAGUGGUCCGUCCCUAUGUUCGAGUACCUCCUGCCCAGACAUUUGCAAAUCAUCUUUGACAUCAACCUCUUCUUCUUGCAAAAGGUGGAGUUGAAGUCUCCCAACGACCGUGGUCUGUUGAAUCGCCUGUCGAUCAUUGAGGAGGCUCAGCCCCAGCAAAUCCGCAUGGCUCACUUGGCUGUUGUCGGCUCGCACAAGGUCAACGGAGUCGCCGCCCUGCACUCGAACCUGAUCAAGACCACAAUCUUCAAGGACUUUGUCGACUACUAUGGUGAAGAGAAAUUCAUCAACAAGACCAACGGAGUUACUCCUCGUCGUUGGUUGCAUCAAUCCAAUCCUCAGCUGAGCAAGUUGAUCACCGAGACUCUUGGAAGCGACAAGUGGCUCAAGGAUCUCUCGCUCCUCAAGGGUCUUGCGGCCAAGACGGGCGAUGCUGCGUUUAGGAAGAAGUGGAUGGCUAUCAAGCGUGCUAACAAGGUCCGCCUGGCCGAGUUGAUCAAGGAGCGUUGCGAUGUCGAGGUCAGCCCCGAUGCCUUGUUUGAUGUCCAAGUCAAGCGUAUCCACGAGUACAAGCGUCAGUUCAUGAACAUCUUGUCUGUGAUCCACCGUUACCGCACGAUCAAGUCGAUGACUGCAGCCCAAAAAGCCAGUGUCCAGCCCCGCGUGGUCAUCUUUGGAGGCAAGGCCGCUCCCGGCUACUACAUUGCCAAGUUGGUCAUCAAGCUGAUCAACAGUGUCGCAGCCGUCGUCAACCAGGAUCCCGCCGUCGGCGAUCUGUUGAAGGUUGUCUUUGUCCCCGACUACAACGUCUCGGUCGCCGAGAUCAUUUGCCCCGCCAGCGACAUCUCGCAGCACAUCUCGACUGCUGGAACGGAGGCAUCAGGUACUUCCAACAUGAAGUUUGUCCUUAACGGAGGACUCAUUAUUGGAACCCUUGACGGCGCUAAUGUUGAGAUCUUGGAGGAGGUUGGAGAGGAUAACAUCUUUAUCUUUGGAUGCAUGGCCCAUGAAGUCGAGGACCUCCGUCACGCCCAGAGAUACCGCGGUGUCCCCAUGGACCCAGCUCUGCAGGGCGUCAUCUCGGCGAUCGAAAAGGGUACGUUCGAGGACCCCAAGAUCUUCCAACCUCUGAUCAGCACCUUGACUGUCGGCAAGGAUUUCUACCUUAUCUCUGCGGAUUUCGCGUCGUAUAUCGCCGCCAACCAGCAGGUCGAUGCUGCUUACAAGAAGCAGGAGGAGUGGUCCAAGAAGUCGAUCCUCUGCACCGCCCACAUGGGCAAGUUCUCCUCCGAUCGCUCGGUCAAGGAGUACGCGGAGGAGAUCUGGAACAUCAAGCCUUACUCCGUCAAGGACGAGGGAUACCUGUAA